UACAACCGCUGAUACAAUGUGAGAACGUUGUUUACGAAAUUGUUUUGAUUUUUUUGCGAGUUCUACAAACUGUCGGAAUAUAAAAAUGCUUGCGUACAACAUUAUUCUAUUUUACUCUUCAUUUUGUGUUGACCGCAGAUCAAGUAACAUCGUGUGUGCGUAAAAAACAAUAAAAAAAGAAAAAUUAAUAAAAUGUUUGUUUAUUAUAAAAAAUAAGAAAAAAUGUAAAAUUAAAUUGUAAUUAUACGCACAUGCUCAAAAUGGAAUCCCAAUCUAUAUACCCUCAUUCUGCUACAUUAUUUGCUGCAAUAUGUGCUUGUUUAUUUAUUGUUGUUGGAAUUUUCGGAAACCUUAUAACAAUGUUUGCUCUAAUGAGAUCGCCAAAGAUAAGAUGUCAUGCAACUACAGCCUUCGUUCUCUCAUUAUGUAUUUCCGAUUUGCUUUUCUGUUCUUUUAGUUUGCCAUUGACAGCAGUUCGUUUUUUUAAAGAGAGACUUAUCUGCAAUGCAAGUAAGACGAGUUGCAUAUGUUUAGAACACCUUGAUAUCAACUACCUCAAAUAAUAUUCAAACUUAUUU